UUACAUCCUUUCCCUUUAAAAAAAAUCCAGACAAACAGAAGAGAAAUUAAUUACUUUUGGAGUGUGCGUGAUGCUGCAUUGGCCUCUGUGAUAACCUCCUCGUCUGACAAUCUGUUUACCUCCAUCAUCUUCUCGCUCACAUUAUCCUCGCUUUUCUGCUGUGAGCAGUCAGGUCCGUCUGGAAAAUCAUCGCCAGGUAGACAGUCUCAUCGUGAAAAGAUGGAUUCUGACUACCAAGGGCGAGCACCUGAAUGUGGACUUGGCUGCAUCAAGCCACCAGCCAGGAGAAAGUUGACCAACAUGGCGACUUUUUCUGGAAUUUAUGCCAUCAGCGCCUUGCUGACAUCCACCUUGUCCGCGUACGUUAACGGCCAGGUCACGACUAUAGAGCGCCAUUUCGGCUUCAGCAGUGAACAGACUGGCUUAAUCAUGGCGGCCAAUGACAUCGGAUUCUUGGUCAUCGUUCUUUUCGUCAGCUACAUCGCUACAAGAGUGCACAUCCCUCGAUUCAUGGGAUACGCAACUCUCUUGUUCGGAAUAUUCCGGGAUUCUCUGCGCCCUGCCCCAGUUUCUCUUCGGAGCCCCGAGUCCAUCAGACGACAUCGUGAUGGGGAACGUCAGCAAAGCGGCGUCAGCUGGCGCCUCCCAAACAUUCCAGGGGCAAAUGUGUGACACAUUCAACACCACCAAACUGUCUGCUUGUCUUCAGCCCUCGACGUCCACAAAUACAACAGGCGACACCUCCAGUGUCAGCAACCGUGCCCGGGCCAAUGCCGUGUCUGCCCUGGUGAUCAUCGUACUGGGUAUGGUGCUGCAGGGCGUGGCCAAGGCCCCUCGCCACCCACUCAUCACCACCUUUGUCGACAACAACAUCGACAAAACUAAGACUGGCUUCUACAUGGGUAUUAUCAUCACAUUUGGUAUCAUGGGACCAGCCGCAGCCUUUGCACUGGGCGGUGCCUUUACCAGGAUGUACGUUACUCUAGAAGAAACAAACAUUGGCCCGAGGCACCCGAAAAUGGAUAGGAGCGUGGUGGCUCGGGUACAUCACGUUUGGAGGAGCAGCCUGUCUCUUUUCUCUCCCGCUAUUCUGCUUCCCUCGCUCGUUCAAGAGAUAUAACCCUCAGAGAUGAAAAAGAAGGAGAAGACAUUCGAACUCUAUGGGUCUGCAGUUGAAAUAUACCAAAGGUUUCCUGGCGGCGAUGUGUCGUCUGCUGAAGAACCCAGUGUACAUGACUCAACUGGUCUCCGCCUGCUUCACCAUCUUUGCUGUUGCCGGCGCCCAGGGCUUCACACCCAAGUACAUCGAAACCAGUUCUCCUUUCCUGCCUGGAAAGCCAAUAUGGCUAUGGCCGUCGUGAUGCUGACCACAGCCUGUCUGGGGACAUUCAUGGGCGGCGUCCUGUCCAGGCGCUUCAAGAUGGGGCCGCUAGCAAGUCUCAAGUUCUCAGCUCUCAUGCAGCUUCUGUCCAGCGCCGGCAACGUCCUGCAGAUGGCAUUCACCUGCCAACAGCCACCUCUGUACAACAGU